UGGGUUAGAGUAAGAAUAUCCAAAUAGGUCAGAGCCAAUCAGAGGUAGAGGAGGGGCGGGUCUUCGUCCUAAGAAACGUACACUCGCUUCCUGUUGUGACUCCGGCUAAUAGCAGCAGCUCAUCGUCCGUUAAGAAGCCGAAAGAGGAAUUCAACGUUUAUGCAGUGCUGGAGGACGCCAUGGACGAGCUGUUAGCAGACACUUCCUGCUCGUCUGAGCCGGACAGUCCUGGAGCUCUGAACCGAGGCUGCCUGCUGGACCCCGCCGAGGUCCUGUACCAUGACCUGUCCAUCAUCGUCCCAGAAACACCCAGUCCGCAGCUCGGCAAGCGGAGGAGACGCCGUCGUAUCACGGAGGAACAUUUCAGCCCGGUGACGAGUCGCAGCUCGGCCGAAGCUCCAGAAUCUUCCAGCAGCAGCAAACGCAGGCGGCUGGCAGCGGAGCGCAGCUUCGUUCCUGCUUCAUCACUCAGCGUGUUUCCUCUGAGCAGCUGGCUGGAGACGCCGCUGUCCACCGCAUCCUGUUCUUCAUCCUCAUCCUCCUCCUCCUCCUCCUCCUCCUCCUACCUCACACCUGUAUCAAAGGAGGAAGUGGAAGCGGUGGCUCUGACUGUGGCGGGCUCCACAGGAGAAGCCGGCUCCGGUCGUUUCAGUCGGAGAGGAAGUCAGACGUCUCCUCCUCUUCCUCCUCCAUCUCCUCCCGGCCGCGACUCUCUGUCCUUCCUGACGGCGGAGGAGAGGAGGUGGCUCAGCGGCGAGCAGGGAAACAUCUCACCAGCAGCGGAGCAGAUCAUCAUCAGCGACGAUGAGGAGGCGGCGGUUCGCUUGGCGCAGGAGGAGGAAGACGAAGCGUUAGCCCGAAGCCUGCAGGCUCAGUUUGACAGAGAACAUCACCUUCCUCAUCAGCAUCGCCAUCAUCUUCAUCAGCAGAGCCACCACACGUAUCAUCGUUCCCACAUGGAAGCCAGCUGGAUGCCUCACCUGCUGGCCGCCGUCGCUCCGCUGGUCGGCUUCGAAGACGAUCUGAUGGGUCAACACAGACGGCGUGGGCGGGGCCGGAGGAGGAACGCCAUGCCCGACUUUUCGGACAACGUUCAGGGAAACGACUACGAGGCUCUUCUGGAGUUCGAGGAGCGUCAAGGUGCCGUCGUGUCCAAAAAGUUGACUCGGAGGGAAAUCCAGAGAUUUCCCACCAAAACCUUCCAGUCCACCGGCGGCGGCGGCGGGAACACGCAGUGUCAGAUCUGUUUCUGCGACUACAGUGACGGGGAGAAGCUGAGGAUGCUGCCCUGUUUCCAUGACUACCACGUCAAGUGUAUCGACCGAUGGUUAAAGGAUAACACCACCUGUCCGAUCUGCAGAGCCAACCUGGCCGACAGCGACUCCCCCGGCACCUCUGACCUCUGACCUCUGACCUCACAGCGUUUCUACUGUUUUUGUACCGACGGGUUCAGUCUCUUCCCGCCGACAGCGACUAAGUUUACUUGAAGACGUGAGUCGGCGUUUCUUGUCGGAUGAAGGACGACUCAUCAACUCACAGCUCGUCUUUUUAUACUUUUAUUUUAAACGUUUCUUCGCUGCUGAAUCGACUCUCGAAACAAUAAAACGUUGAAGCUGCUUUUUUUUGUCGUCUGGUGUUUUUCUGAGACUGAAAUAAACAGAAAGGUUUUUCUCUCA